CAUUAAUUGCAAUUAUAAAUUGUGUACAAAAAAUUAUAAAAAUCAUACUGACAGUCUUGGAAUGAAAUUUAUCGUAGCCCUUACGCUGGCGCUGGCUCUGUUGGGUCUGCAGGAUGUGAGCGCCAGGUCUGUGCUGGGCGAACUCGGCCAAGCCUUUGGCAAUUUUGGCAAUCAGAUUGGACAGGAAGCCUCAAACUUUGGCAAUGCCGUGGGCCAGGCGGCCUCACAGUUCGGCAAUGAUGUGGGCCAAGCUGCAAGCAAUCUGAACAGCACUGCGGUUGGACAAGACGCCUCCAAUUUCGGAAACGCAUUGGGCCAGGCAGCCUCGCAGUUUGGCAAUGAUGUUGGCCAGUCCGCCAACAAUCUCGGCAACUCAGUUGGCAAUGUAGGUGGCACAAUUGGUUCCGAUGCAUCCAAUGUGGCACAUAAUGUAGCCUCUGAUGCCUCCAAUCUGGCGCAUAAUGUAACCUCUGAUGCUUCCAAUGUGGCUCACAGCGUGGCGAAUUCGGCCUCUAAGAUUGCAAGUUCAGCUUCUAAUGCUGCACACGAUGUAGCAUCCGAUGCUUCCAGUGCGGCUCAGAGCGUUGCCAAUUCUGCUUCCAAUGCCGCUAACAGCGUGGCAAACUCUGCUACCAAUGCUGCUCAUAACGUGGCAUCUGAUGCUUCCAGUGCAGCACAUAACGUGGCAAGUUCUGCAUCCAAUGCUGCUAACAACGUGGCAAAUUCUGCUUCCAGUGCAGCUAAUAGCGUUGCAAGCUCUGCUUCCAAUGGUGCUGACAACGUGGCAAGUGCCGCUUCCAAUGCUGCUAACAGCGUGGCAAGCUCUGCUACUAAUGCUGCUCAUAACGUGGCAUCUGAUGCUUCCAGUGCAGCACAUAACGUAGCAUCCGAUGCUACCGGUGCAGCUCAAAACGUUGCCAAUUCUGCUUCCAAUGCUGCUCAUAACGUUGCAAGUUCUGCAUCCAAUGCUGCUAACAGCGUUGCAAAUUCUGCUUCCAGUGCAGCUAACAACGUUGCAAGCUCCGCUUCCAAUGCUGCUCACAAUGUGGCAAGUGCGGCUUCCAAUGCUGCCAACAGCGUGGCAAGCUCUGCUACCAAUGCUGCUCAUAACGUAGCAUCUGAUGCUGCCAGUGCAGCUCAUAACGUAGCAUCCGAUGCUUCCAAUACCGCUAAUAAUGGAGCAAAUUCAGCUUCCAAUGUAGGAAAUAAUGUUGCUUCCGAUGCUGCCAACGCUGUUACCAACAUCGCCUCAGAUGCCGCGGGUGCUGCUGUUAGCAUUGUAGGCGAUGCCACACAUGUGGCUGAGGGCGUGGCUGAUGGCGCUCUAAAUGUUGCCAACAGUGUGGUCAAUGGAAUUGCCCACUUAUUUUAGUGGACUUCUAUAUCAAUUGUAAACACUGUACUACACACAUAUUAACGCGUAUCCUCAUAAUUGAAAAUAAAACUA